AUGAAAACCCGUGACCUCAGAAGCAGGUAGUGAAGCUAGGUGGUUCGACCACAGUAAAACACCGUCGUAAACAAGCGCAAAAUACGUUAAAAGACGAGAUUCAUCCACUUGGAGAAGAAUAAUUGUUUUGCGAUGGUGCGGGGCGUGUGGGCGGUGCUGCGGAUGGUGUCUUCCGAGGGGGCUGCUGUGUUGAAAUCAAACAAACCUCGCGCUGGUGGAAGUGCUGCACUACGGCUGCGGUUUACCUACGAGCCUCUGACUUCCGGCUGCAGAGCUAUAUCGAGCAAGGCGGGAGCCCUGCGGUCUGCAGUCAGAAUGCCCGAGAUAACGGACCACCUGGACGAGAAGCAGGUCCGGCUGUUGUCGGAGAUGUGCAUCGUCAUCGAUGAGAACGACAGCAAGAUUGGUGCGGACAGCAAGAAAAACUGCCACUUAAACUCAAACAUCGAUAAAGGUCUAUUACACAGAGCGUUCAGCGUGUUCAUAUUCAACAGCGAAGAGAAGCUGCUCUUGCAACAGAGGUCGGAUGCCAAGAUCACAUUUCCAGGCUGUUUCACCAACACAUGCUGCAGUCACCCUCUACACACGGACAGCGAGCUGGAGGAGAAGGAAGCCAUCGGAGUGAGGAGAGCUGCUCAGAGGAGGCUCCAAGCUGAGCUGGGUAUCCCCAUGGAGCAGGUGAAACCAGAGGAAAUGACGUACCUGACCAGGAUCCACUACAAGGCCCAGUCGGACGGUGUGUGGGGGGAACAUGAGAUUGACUACAUCCUCUUCAUGCAGAAGAAUGUGGAGUUGAACCCGGACCCCAAUGAGAUUAAAACCCACUGCUACGUGAGCAAGGAGGAGAUGAAGGAGCUGUUAGAGAAGGCCAAGCGCAAAGAAGUGGAGAUCACGCCCUGGUUCAGCCUCAUUGCAGACACUUUCCUCUUCAAGUGGUGGGACGAUCUGCAGAACCUUAAGAAGUACAUGGACCACGACAACAUCCACCGCAUGUAGCCGAAACAGGCUGUCUGUCAUUUCAGACUUGUGGUAGACGCACCUGCUUGACAUGCACGCACCUCUCUGAAAGUAGCCUGCGAUCUACUUUCCCCCAGGAAGUAGUACGUGUUGAUGUGGUAUUGUAGCUCUUUGAGUUGCAUUCAUCUAUACAAGCUGAUGCAAGUAAGGCAAGUCUUAGUCUCUAAGUGUUUAGUUCACAAAUGGAGCAUGGAAUCAAUUCUGGUAAGAUGGAUUUAUAGAGUGAACUGUGAACAUUCACAUGUUAGUAGGAUGCUAAGCGCGAUCUUGCUAUGGACAGCAAAAUUAAGAGAAGAGGCUAUUUUUAUAUUAAAACUUCAAAGCAGGGCAUUAGACAACUAAUAUCACUUGUGUAUUGUUUACAAUUAUAUUAGUGAACAAGCUAUGUCUUCGCUCUUUUACACAAUAAAAUAAUUUGUUUGCAGUCA